AAUUCAUUAAAAAUCCAACAAUGUGAUUUUCUGGAUUUUUUUUUCUCAUUUUGUCUGUCAUAGUUGAAGUGUACCUAUGAUGAAAAUGAUAGGCCUCUCUCAUCUUUUUAAGUGGGAGAACUUGCACAAUUGGUGGCUUACUAAAUACUUUUUUUGCCCCACUGUAUGUGACCAGGCGAAAAAUGAUUUCCAAGCCAAACCAUGUCAUAACCACUACACACAGCCUACAUCGUUGUUCCCUUGUUAGCUAAAGUAACAUUAGCAUCCUAGUCAACAUAGCUAAUAGAACUGUGUUGGUAAACCCACUACAAUCAUGCAGUAACGUUACAGUGUAUAGUCAGUAAGCAGUUUAACAUUUACACCGGCAGGCCCCAGUGGCAAAAAAAUUAUAAAACCAAAAGCUAACCUUGACUUGGAAGAGUCAGCUAGCUAGCAUAGCAUCCCUCUGUUUGAGCCAGGUCAUUGUGUAGGCUAAACUAUCCAUCUACAUUUGCUAGCUAAGUACGUGAAAAUGAAAGUGAAAAAGAAAGACUCUCCUUAAUUUGUGAAGAAAUUCAUUUUUGAAAACUCUUUCUCUCUCUUUGAGUCAACAACUCACCACAUUUUAUGCACUGCAGUGCUAGCUCGUGUAGCUUAUGCUUUCAGUACUAGAUUCAUUUUCUGAUCCUUUGAUUGGGUGGACAACAUGUCAGUUCAAGCUGCAAGAGAGCUCUGAUAGGUUGGAGUAUGUCCUCCGGAAGUUGUCAUAAUUACUGUGUAAGUCUAUGGCAGCGGGUGAGAACCAAGAGCCUCCAAGGUUUGUAUUGAAGUAUGUACCAAGAGGAGGACAGAAGCUAUCUGUCCUCCGGCUACUCCAUGGUGCUACCCUACAAAGGGUUGUUGGGGCUACUGUAGACCUUCAUUGCAAAACAGUAUAUUUUAAUAAAUUAUUUGGUCACAUGAAUAUAUUUAUUAUAGUUUUAUCUAAAAAGUACAACUUUUUAAAUGUUUUACCAUUUUUAUUUUAAUGAAAUUCACUGAGGAGGAUGGUCCCCCCUUCCUCCUCUAAGGAGCCAACACUGACUGAGAGCUACCAUUAAUAAUAUGCAUUUAAAUCUCUCAUGGCUGAAAGUGGAGGAGAGAUUGACUUCAUCACUACUUGUUUUUGUAAGAAGUGUUGACAUGCUGAAUGCACUGAGGUGUCUAUUUUAAACUACUACGGUAGCACACAGCUCGGACACCCAUGCAUACCCCACAAGACAUGCUACCAGAGGUCUCUUCACAAUCCCCAAGUCAAGAACAGACUAUGGGUGGCGCACAGUACUACACAGAGCCAUGACUACUUGGAACUCUAUUCCACAUCAGGUAACUGGUGCAAGAAGUAGAAUCAGAUUUUAAAAAAUUAUGGAACAGCGGAGACUGUGAAGAGACACACAUACACAUGAUAAAACACACACUCUAUACACACCUACACAUGGAUCUAGUAUUGUAGAUAUGUGAUAGUAGAGUAGUGGCCUGAGGGAACACACUUAAUGUGUUGUGGAAAGUGUUAUGAAAUGUAAUGUCAUGUAAUAUUUUAAAUUGUAUAUAACUGCCUUAAUGUUGCUGGACCCCAGGAAGAGUAGCUACUGCCUUUGCAGCAGCUAUUGGGGAUCCUUAAUAAAUACGAAUACACACACCACUGAUCUACCAUCAUGGCCACCACAGGGUACAUGAAUCUUAGUCAUCUCUUUCAUGCAUAUUAAAUCAUAUUUUGCAUUAUGCAUGGAUUUCUGAGUGCUGCAUUCCAGCGUAGUCAUACUUGUCCUGUACCGCUCUGGAGAUGAGAUGAUCUCAGCUAUCUCUACCUACACUCUGAUUUCACCCCUUCUCACAACUUAGCUUUCUUUCAUGUCACAGGCUGCAGUGGCAGAAGAAGUUUGAAAUUACUUUUUCAAAGUCGGGCCCAUCCCAUUGAAAUACUUGCUAUUCCACAGAUGUAGGUUCAUCAAUUGUGGAAAAACAAACCGAAAUGUAAAUGUUAUUGAUGUAAUACAUUGGAUCUUGUGUGGUCUUUUGAACCUGUUUGUUAGUAUGUUUGUUUGUUCCGGGCGUCAGGACCUGAGGGUCCUAAAGUCCAUGCUGUUCUAGGAGUGGUGGAGCCAGAUGUAGAUUCUGUGGCUUCAACACUGAGUACUUCCUCAGCCAGGUAAUGUGUGGGGACAUGUUCACGUGUUCAUGGUAUUUAUGUGUGUGUUUGUGUGUAUGUAUUACAGCCUUUGAGUACUUGUUUGAGGUUGAGCUUACAGUACCAGUCAAAAGUUUGGACACACCUACUCAUUCAAGGUUUUGUGUUUAUUUUGACCAUUUAUUUUACUAUAUAGUGAAGACAUCAAACUAUGAAAUAACACAUAUGGAAUCAUGUAGUAACCAAAAAAAGUGUUAAACAAACCAAAAUAUAUUUGAUGUCUUCACUAUUAUUCUACAAUGUAGAAAAUAGUAAAAAUAAAGAAAAACCCUGGAAUGAGUGGGUGUGUCCAGAAUUUUGACUGGUACUGUAUAUGUAUCUGCGUGUCUUGUAUUUGUACUUUCUGUGUGUGUGUGUGUGUGUCUCAGAAGGAGAGCUCAGGCUGUGUGAGUGUCCCGGUCCUGUGUGGUCAGCGAUGUGAUGUAGGCUUGCCAGGGAGACAGUGCGGUACCUUGUGAGGGUGUGUGAGUCUGCUCUGUUGUGGAAAGACGACAUCAACCUACUACAGCUCCACCACAGAGGAAAACUCUCCCUCACUCUGAUGAGGGAUGAUGUACUCAACAGCUCUGAAGUCCAGCAUCCUCCGAGUGGUCCAUCACCACGAGCAACGGGCAGGAGGGGAAGGGGUGGUCACCAGGGAGAUUCUUCAAGAGGCAGUGGAGCAGAUCUCCGUGCCGUUGGGGGAGCUGCUAGGAGAGGCCCUGAGGCUGCAGUCAGAGGGGCUGUGGAUCAAAGAUGGUCGUCGCUCAGUGGACCUAGAGGAGCUGCUGAGGGUGUUGCAGGAGAGGAGCGGCUUCUCACCCUAUCAUGACACAACCAGUCCUAACGCUGGCGAGGCCCAGCUUCAAGGUAUGGAUAUAGAGCACAUGUUUCUGAAGGAGCUGAAGGAGUUCUCUGAUGGGGAGCUGACCAUAUCGUUCACCACUAUGAUGUAGAUCUGAAGUGUGUGUGUUUCAGGAGAUGGCUUCCUGAAAUACUCCCCAACCAGCUGAUUGGUCGACCCCAGACUAAUUGGUGAUUGGAGCUGACCCCGCCCCCUCGUCAAGAAGCAGCUGACUAAUCACCAUUGCCACCUGAAGAUAAAAGCCAGUGUUCUGCCCCAAGAGAGAGAGGAGAGAGAGGAGAGAGAGGAGAGAGAGGAGAGAGAGGAGAGA